GGGACACGAGUCAACAGGACUGGUCUUCGGUCUCUCCGGUCGUGAUCGUCUCAAGUCAGUGACCACCACCUGACCAGGUGCUGACUGUGCCUUCAGGAAAAAAAAAAAGUCCAACAAGGAAAAAUUCCCGAUCCACUAUCAAAUCAGACUACUUUGCCCCAGAGCCUCCGGCCAAAUAGAGCUCAGAACUACUGCAGAGUCCCUUGUGCUCAUCGCAUUCAUAAUGCUUUCUGUACCUAUAGUUGACUGGUGGGGUUUCUGAUAUUAUUCUUCCAUUUUUCUAUGGCUCGUCCUGCGAAGACCGGCUGUCCGCUAUCUCCCGCCACUCGUCCCCAACUCAACCUGUCAACGGUUACUGCUCAGAGGGCUACGAACCCGCUGGCCCUAACUCCUGCGACGGUUGAUAAUGCUCAAGAAAAAAAUCUGAGCAAUUCUCGCGCCAAUAAUCUUCGCCAUCACAUCAACAUCGAAUCCGAGACCGGCGUCGAUCGCUCAAAGCGCGCCAGGAUCCCUCAUCGUCGCCUUUAGAUGGAUCGUUAACCUGCGAAUAGGGAUCUGAUUCCCCCACUAGGCCCAGUAGCCCCAACAGGGUUAUAGUUAGCGCGAGGCACGUUCUCUCGUUGAAAAAGGUCCAGAUCUAUCCUGGGUCAAGAAUGCUGGAAUCCCAUUAUUUCUCUCAUGCUCUCUUUUCUCGACCGCUAAUUUCGCUCUUUUUCUCUUCUGUCGCACGCGCAGCUGAUUCGGUAUACCAUUUCCUUUUCGACACUAGGCGCUUGUCCCAAAGUAUAUGCGACCUCUGACGUGGUCGUGCAGACCCAGCUCGGAUCUAUUCUGCCUUAGCCACAUCGGACGCGCCUGUGGCGAAGCCUGCAUCCUUUGCUAAUUAUCCGCUUGGGCAUGUAUAUUCUUGUCGCAUUUGCUUUUUUCCUGCUAGCUUUUCUUCAUGAGUGAGCUACAGCUUCAUAUAUUUUUCACUUGACCGCCAUUCUUCUUGCGACGUCACUUUUUUGUUCCUGCUGCAUAGAAAGGGUGCCGGUUUCCCUUGUUCUUUAAUUCGACUAUACCCAAACGCGGAUUGCCUUUUCGUACCCUUUUUCGCUUAGAGAUACCACCGCUCGCGCGGACCGAUCCUUCAAGUUUACCUUGCGAUUCAUAUCAUGCUCUCACAGUUGCUCUCGUAACAGCGCCCAUCGACUUCACAGAGGCGGAAUGAUUUCAAGAUCACAUUACCAUUUGCCACGUUCUGAUUGUUACACUCUAGAUUCCAGCUGGCAAUUGAAGUUGGGGUCACACCAUGUCGUACAAGUCUGAUGGAGGGCGAAUACCUCGAUUAAGGGAUUUCGGAUAUCAAAGUCGAAAUGCCUCAACGCCGGCGAUUGCCACUCAGACCAGCUCCUCGGGGUCGGGUGCGCCGCCGUCAUCAUCGAGGCUACAGAUUCCAAAAUUAAUCACACCGUCGACAAAAAGCAGGAGGACUGCCUCGAUGUCAGACGCAGAACAGAGUCGCCCAAUCGUUGCACAGUCAAAUCCUUUACUCAACCCGGAUCCUCGUCCGUACAUACCUCCCCGAGCGCCGACCCAUCCACCUCUUUCUCAGUCUCCUCAGAGUGCCACGAUAGAUAGACAGGUGCCGCGAGCCCUGCAUCCGCCUGUCGUACCUCAAACGCCCAUCGACAAUCGCACAUCCGCCCAGUCUCGACCUCGGAAUGUACUAAGGAGGAGAGCACCGACAAUAGGUCAGCAUAGCGCCAAACCCAAGUCGCAGACGGAGUCCAUGAGUCCCGGUGGCCUGAAUGUGAUUAUUCCUAGCUCUUCCCAGUCAUCCAGUCAGACGGAAUUAGCUAGGAAGACCCCGUCACCAAUGGUUUCUUCGGAGAGGCAUACUACCAAUUCAUCCGCGGAGCAGCCGACAUAUACUGGCCCAAAGGAGCUGGCCAGCCUUCGAACUACUACUAUCAACACACAAAACUUGCCACCUUUUACUCCGAUUUUCCCUUCGGCUAGUACUCCAUCGACACGGUAUUCGGGAUCUCCAGGCGUAUGGAGCAGGGCAUCCACAUCGACACCCGCUUCGCUCUCGUCAUGUUCUCCAGGCAUUAUUCAACCUAUGAAGGUUGGUCCCCGUCUCAGACAACCGAGCCCUUCCCAGACCAGACUCCCAGUUUUCUCACCCCAGGCACAGAAGCCAUCCUUGCCGAGUAGCCCGGCUGCUGGAAAGUCCCCUAAUUUAGUACAGACAUUUGGGUCCACUACGUCGUUGGUCACUGAAAACCGCGAGAACGCAACGGAAACUCCUGAAACCACAAAGCCUCCGACGCCAAGUCUUCUACCCAGGAGGAUGUCAAUGAAAUCCUCUCUCCCAAGACAGGUCAGAACUACUCCGGAUAUUCCUCCAAAAUCUGAAAAGGUAGAUCCCAAGCGUGUUGUCGCCGAUUCGCCUGGUGCUGCCGGGGUGUCGAGCCCUUCAAGACCAUCACCUCAAAUUCCAGUUAGGCCGAGCAGGGAAGGCACUACACAGUUGGACCUGGAACCAUCCCCCGUUGUCAGAGCGAAUAUACCCGCACGAGUGAUCAGGGGCCAUAAACGACGCAUUUCCGCAGAAAGCACCAGUGGUGCCUUGGCCUCAAAUCAAUCCGCGGCUACAUCAGUGGAUUCCCUAAACUCUCUUGCGUCGUCUCGCAUCCGCAGUCCUACUUCACCUGAAGUGUCACGGAAGUCUCCACGAACUCUGACCAAGGACCCACACAAAGCGUCACCUGCGGACACUAGCCCUGCAAAAACCCGAAGGUUUGGACUUUUCCCAAGGAAAUCAAAGCCUGAUCUGGAUGCCCGUCAAACCGAGGCUCGCCCUGCUAGGAAAGGUCCCGCUGCUGGGACAGGCCAUGAAGGAUAUGGCAAGUAUGCGCAGCGUGGCCGCAAGACAAGCGUUAGCAGCUCUAGCGACACUAGAGCAAGGUCAACAAGCACCACCAAGUCCGCUUCUAGCAAGGCCAGUACCAGAAGCCGGGCUGACACAGAACUUGACGACUUUUUUCUUGAACGCCUGGAACCUGUUUACAUCAAUGGCGGUGGUAUGGAUGGGGCUAGUUUGUCUCGGACGCAAAGCGAGCAAAGCACAGGAGCUCUUAGUACCAAAUCUGCACCAGGCCACACCCCAGUUCCUCCGUCGGGGUAUUUCUACGAGCCUUCAGCAACCUCAAAGGGGGGAAGUGCUGUUCACCGAAGAGACCUUUCGAGUCCAGCAACAAUAUCUGCCCCUAGGACCAAGGCACCAACACUGGCCUCCCCUGAAAAGUCAAAGUCUGGCGCGGACAUUAGAUCUCCUACUCAGACUCAAGCUCGGAGUAUCCAGCCGGAUACCGCUGCACGUCAUGCUCCGACACAGACCCAACUGAAAAAGCCAUCUAAGCGGGGACUUCACCUCAAAUGGCCGUUCUUCCAGAGAGACUCGGAACCUCCGCUCCCUAAACAGACAGCGAAAGGCCGUCCGGCCGAACAAUUGCCUGCGCAGGUUGCUACCGUGGGCGCACGCCGUCCAGUUGCUCAUUAUGCCAUGGUCGAUACCGAUUCGGAUCCCUUGGAGGAUAUCUUUCACAAUCUAGAGGACUCUCCACCGACCGAGGAAGAAGAAGUUAUGGCGCCAGUGGAAGUACCUGCGGGGUUGAGGAUCAGAAAACAACAUGAAUCUAUUCUCCUACCGUCUCCUCCAACGCUACAAAGUGAGUUUCCAGUCAUCCGGCCCUCUCCAUCCAAGACGGAUUCGCCAAAGUCAGCAGUCGCUUCGAAGACCGAAACAUCUCCUGAGCAGCGCCCAAGCCGCCUAGCCUCCGUUGGCCGAAUUCCUCGCGUGGUUUCCAGACGGGACAGACAGCACAAGCCCGCGUUACAGUCGUUCUCCAGGCCUUUCAGUAUAACCGAAUCUCCUUCUCUGACUGUUACUGCCAACGACCGUUCACACGCAUUUUCCAGUCCGGAUCGACACGAGCAAGGCCUGCACCCUGAUCUGCAUCACAAGUUGGAGAACCCUAGUUUUGAUCUGACCUCCCCGUUUGGCGACCCAAAAGGUAGCGUUUUGGAUUUUCUCUCGGGUCCAUACUCGAGGCAAGAGUUCCUAGCGUUCUCUCCUCGCAAGGAUUCGGUCUUUUCGACUUCAAGCGGAUCUGAAAGCCUGGCUGCAAUCACCGCCGUAAUUCCAAGGCCUGGAACUGACCUCACCGAGGAUGAGGUAUGGGGAGAAUACGACGAGUUUAUUGACCACGUUCUCUCCCCCGAGACUCCUAACCUUCCGUUUCCUCGUGGCCUUGAGACCUGUGAAAAGUUUGAGCUGGCAGCAAGAGCAAGCCGUGCUCUCCAGGCUGGCCUCAACAGCAAGCUUGUUGUGCCCAGCACCCCCGAGCAGCCGAUGGUUUCUCUGACGCCUGCGUCACCUCGUUCGAGCGUUCACCUUCGCCGGUCCAAGAUCGCCAACGCCCUACAUGCGUCUCUUAGCCCGACUUCUCAACCUUCUGUCAGCGAUCUCAUGGCCCGUUACCGCGAUGACAAGAUCAACGAGGAACCAGAGGCUGAAUUGACCACCGAAAUGCCAACACCUACAAUUGCAGUGGAACAGCCGCCGUCAAGUCUUCUCAGCUCUCCGAGCCUAGACCCCUCGCCGAGCUUCGAGAAUUGUCGGCAGCGAAAUACCAUCUUGUUCGACAUCGCCGAGCGCGACCGUGAGGGUCCCACGGCGCAAACAAACAUUCGGUCCGGGUCAUUGAUGACUAGUCGCUGGUUGUCUUUUGGAAGAGUUCUUUUCAGUCCAGCGCACAACCACGUCAAGCAAGAGCAGGAGAGGAUUUUAGUAGUCGAUGGUUUAGGAAAUGACGAUUGGUCAUUUUACUGCGCCCUGACUUAUCCCAAGGCCGUCGUAUAUUGUCUCCAUGAAGGGCCUACUCCAACCGCGUCGAGACACCCGGCUGCCUGGCAACCCCCAUCAAAUCAUCAUACGAUCCAUCAUUCCAGUCUUGAGAAUCCUGUUCCGUUCCCCAAGGGAUUCUUUGCUGUGACUGUUUUGCGAUUCCCCGCCGCUUGCUCCGAGGCAGCACAAAACAACAUCAUCUCGGAGUGCAAGCGCGUACUUCGCCCGGGCGGCUACCUAGAGAUGAGCAUCCUCGACCACGAUAUGGUGAACAUGGGAGUUCGCACUCGCCGAGCAGUGAGGAAGCUAAAGGAGACGAUGUAUCUGUCGGACGCUAGCAUCAGCCUCAAGCCCGCCAGCGACAAUAUCCAGAGACUCUUAGGAACGCAUGGUUUUGACAGUCUCCGCCGAUGCAUGGUACAGAUCCCCGUCGCGGGAAUGAUUGUCCGCACGUCUGCCUCUUCGACCUCGACAUCCUCAUCCAAUCCAUCCACAUUGACUGCCGCGGUCACCUCGUCCACUGCGCUCUCCGCGACCUCUGCCACCUCCGGGUCAUCCAGCUUCCGGUCAAACACACACGAGAAAUCCUCGUCUAACGAUACCGUCCUGUCUCUCGGAGACCUUCUCUCCGACCCAUCCCCAUCCCCCUCGAACGACGAGUCUAUCCGAAAAAUCGUCGCACGGGUAGGUCGCUGGUGGUACACGCGCUGUUACGAAAGCCCCGUGCUUCCCAACGGCGACGUUGACCGCAGCAUCUGGGCCAACAAGAAAGUCCUCCGCGAAUGCCAGCAGCGAGGCACAGGCUUCCGCCUGUUGAUUGCAUAUACACAGAAACCGAGCGAGAAGCGCCGAACAGCGAGUGUUUAGCGCGUUACUCGCCUUGCAACGAUAUACAUGAUGAUGAACCACACGAUUAACGAUAUGCCUCGAUCCACUUUACUAUAUUACUUAUAAUUAUGUCAGCUUUGUCAGCGAAAGAUGAUCAAGGUAUCCAGUCUUAGUCACUGGCGCCUUUUCUUCUUUUUCAGUCUUUGUAGUUCUUUUUUUCGCUUUCUGUUUUUUUUUUUUUUUUU